UUACUCGUACUUUGGCAUUGUUAUCGUCCGGUAUCAAUCGACUUUGAUUGAUUACUUGAACGCAUUUCGUAUCUAUAUUCUCGUUUCAACUGUUCUGCACAUUAUACACUUGGUCACCAGCGGGUGACACGUAUCACCUGCGAGUUGACCCGCACCUGCGAUGAUCUGACCCGGGUAGGCACGGGUAGACUUCCAACCAAUAAUAUUUCGGUACCCGCGGGUUGGGUGCGGUUGUAAUCCGAAUCGACCCAUGUCAUGCCAGGUUAUACCCUACUCUCAUCAUGGCGCCCGUCACACAGAUCAUGUACUUUAAGACCUCUUCAUCCUACCUCCAGGAUCCUUCGCGAUUGAUUGCUGAGCUUACGACCACAAGUUCAGCAGACACAAUUGAAGGGCUUUCUAAGGCAUACCUUGGUUUCGAGACUGAGGAUCCAAGCAAUGCAUUCUGGGUCUUCGAGUGGGCCUCCCUAAAUGUGUAUCGCACAUAUCGUCAGACAGACACUUUCAAGGCUACACAAGCAGUUGCUCGACAAGUUUUUGCAAGCACACCUACCAGUGUGUUUGUCAACUUUUCCGAUACUAGUCGGAUUUUUUCCGCUCCAGUAACGGAAUUUGUCACUUUCACUCUCAAAGAGGGUGUCAGUAUGGAUAAGCUCCAGCCCCUCGUCACACAGCUUGAGGUUAAGCUUCCAGGAACACCCAAGUUCUACGGCUCGAGCUGGGCACCUGUCGUUGAUAAGCCCAACGUAGUUCACGGCGUGUUAGGAUGGGAGAGUGUGCAGGCACACUGGGAUGCUGUAAGCUCGGGUCCCCUCAAGGAGAUCAUCGAUGAAGUGAAGAAGGUUGCUGACCUUUGGCUUGUCCACGCUAUACUGACGCAAUCCCAUGCGUAAACUUGAUGGUCGUAGUACGAACCAAAUUUUGUUGUUGUAUAGGAAGUUGUAAAAUAUGUGCAGUCUUGAACAUCCCCGAGGAACAUUCUGGUAAACGUUCCUCUAUUUGACAUGCAGUGUUUUACAAGUGAGCCGUGUGCCCAUAACCCACCCUUCACUUCACUUGAUCGGAUUCGACUCUGAUGACAUAUCAAGCUGGCUCUGACUCCGUGGAUCCACUGUCGUAUGG